GGGCAUGUAGCAAUAGCACCACUGCUAACAAUGAUCUCCCUUUACAGCUUGCUGGAUGCCUAGAAUGGAAGUUUCAGAAAGGAAACGAUGGACCCCAAAGAAAAACGUCAAGACAGAUGCUGCUAGUAAGGAAACAGAUGUAGUUUUGGAGUUCCAAGCUAACAAAGAAGAGAAGGAGUGGCUAAAGAACUAUUAUGUGGGACAAAUGCACAAGCUUGAUGGAUUAAUGUCCCUACAAGAUAGACUGUUGGUAGAAGGAUUCUUUUCAAUAAAAGUAACUCCAAUGGGUGGAAAUCUCAUGCUGAUCCAUUGUGAAGAUACUGAGGAAGUUGAUACCCUGCUGAAGGAGGGGAAUGAUUGGCUCAAGAAUUGGUUUGAAGAUGUGAGGCCUUGGAGCCAAACGGAGGUAGCAAAGGAGCGUUUCACAUGGAUCCGAUGCUUCGGAGUUCCACUGAAUGUGUGGAAUGAUGAAUUUUUCAAGAGGAUUGGAAAUUUAUGUGGUAGAUUCAUAUCUGUUGAUUAUAACACAACCCAUAGAAAAAGGUUGGAUAUGAGAAGAGCUUUAAUUUCAACUGACGAGCAGGAUAACAAAGUAAAGCUCUUGAAAAUUAAGGUGGAAGGGGAAAUCCUUCAAAUCAGGAUUUGCGAGGAGAUGGGGGCUGCCAAUUUAUUGAAUGUGAAUGCUGGUCCUCAAUCGAUUGACUAUGAAGACUCAGAAGUUGGUUCUUGGAUUGGUAAUUCAGAUUUGGAUGUCAGCAAUUCUGAAGGAGAUGAUUUAGAAAUAGAUGAAGGUGAUGUGGAGACGAGACUGAGCAAAGUGGUUGAAGAAGAUACAGAGGAAGUUGAAACGGCUAACUCCGGCGAGCUGAAUCCGACAGUGGGGGUAUUCGAAAAGUCAAUGGAAGAUGGAGAAAAGGUGUCAGAGACAGCUGGGAAUGACGCACAGGCUGAUGUUGCAGUUGAGGGAUAUGAGGUAAAGGCUACUGACACAAGACAAACAUUGAAUGCGAAAUCAACUCCCGAGGAUUUCAUCAGUAGGGAUGAAGUCGAAAAGACUAUGAGUUCUGUAAUAGCAUCACAUAAACAACAAAUUGACAUUGAUGGUGUUAGACCUAAAGCUGCAAGGGGUGACGGUUCUAGUUCCAAGCAAGUGGAGGGUAAUAGAAGUGGGCCAUCUGGGGAAGUUGGGCCUAUCAACCAGAUCAUGGAUUUGGGCCUAAUAAAUAUGUUGACAACAUCUAAGGAUAUUGUGUCUAAUGGAUCCAAAAAGAUGUUGAUUGAAUCCAGAGUAAGUGAGACUACUUCGGAUAGAAAUAAGGGGACGACCUUGAGUGCUGGUGAGGAAGAAGAGGAAUGUCGAGCAUUUUGGGAAGGUAUGGCGAGUGAGGAAGAAAUCUACGAAGCUAGAUUGGAAGGGCAGAAGAGGAUACUAAAGAAGAAGAAGAACUCAAAGAUACGAAUGAAUAGGAAGAUCAUGACAGGACAGGAAAGGAGAAGGCUCUGGGAUGAGUUAAAGGAGAUACUGUGUAGCUUUAAUGGGAGUUGUUGGUGUAUUGGAGGAGACUUUAAUGCAAUUAGAAGCUCAAAGGACAAACAAGGAAAAUAUCUUGAUAGGAGAAGCCAAUCGGAGUUCAAUGAUUUCAUUAUGGAAAAUGAGCUUGUGGAUUUACCAUUAAGAGGAAGGAAGUUUACUUGGUACAAGAGUAAUGGCUUAGCAGCGAGUAGAUUGGACAGAUUUCUAGUGUCUAAUAAUUUCAUACAGCAGUUUCUAGAUAUAUCUCAGUGGGGUCUACGAAGGACAUUGUCCGACCAUUGCCCAAUAAUUUUGAAGUCCUUGGUUGUGGAUUGGGGACUGAAGCCUUUUAGAGUCCUUAACAAUUGGUUAACACAUCCUAAUCUGGAGCAGUUCGUCAAAGAGAAGUGGACCAGUUUUGAUGUUAAGGGAUGGGGUGGCUUUAGACUAAAAGAGAAGCUGAAAUUUUUGAAAAAGGAACUUAAAGUUUGGAACAAGGAGGUGUUUGGCAUAAUUGAAACUCAAAUUGAAGCAGCAAAGGAGGAGAUAAAAAAGGUGGAUGAGAAAAAUGAUGUAGGAACAUUGGAAGAGACUGACAUAGCCAAACGAAUAGCAAGUUUUCAAGAGCUAAUGGAGUGGACAAAUGAAAGAAACAAUUUAUUAUUCCAAAAGGCAAGACAGCAAUGGUUGAAGGAAGGGGAUUCGAAUAGUAAAUAUUUUCAUAACUGUGUGGUUAGAAGGAGGAAACAAAACGAACUGGUUGGUUUAUUACAUAAUGGAGUAUGGGUGGAUAGAGUGGAAGAGGUGAAGUCAAUUGUAAAAGAUUUUUUCAGCAACAAGUUUUCAAAGGAGGAAUGGCGCAAGCCACUUUUGGAAGAAAUAGAAUUUAACCAGGUCAGUGCAGAGGAUAAUGAGAUGCUUGUGGUAGAUUUUACAGAGAAAGAGAUCAAAGAAGCAGUUUGGAGUUGUGGGGGUGGGAAAAGCCCCGGACCAGAUGGCUUCAAUUUCAACUUUAUAAAGAAAAUGUGGGACAUUAUUAAGGGAGAGAAAGAAAACCCACAGGGAUUGAAUGAUUAUAGACCUAUCUCACUCAUUGGCUGCAUGUAUAAAAUCCUGUCAAAAUUAUUAGCUAACAGAUUAAGGAAGGUGAUGGGCAGCAUUAUUUCUGAAAAUCAAACAGCUUUUAUUGGUGGCAGACAAAUAAUGGAUGGUAUUGUCAUAACAAAUGAGGUGAUUCACGACCUUAAAAGGAGGAAAAAAGAGGGACUAAUCUUUAAAGCAGACUUUGAGAAAGCAUACGACAAUGUGGAUUGGGAAUUUUUGGACUACAUGCUGUCCAAACUUGGAUUCAAUCUGAAAUGGAGGAGUUGGAUGAAGGAAUGUCUUUCCACAGCAUCAAUUUCAGUACUUGUAAAUGGCAGUCCAACGGAGGAGUUCAAUGCAGGAAAGGGGCUUCGUCAAGGGGAUCCACUCUCCCCAUUUCUGUUCCUUGUGGUGGCAGAAGCUCUUAGUGGCCUGGUUUGGAAGGCAGAAGAAAUUGGACUCCUAAAAGGUAUCCAAGUAGGCAGAGGCAAUUUGAGGCUCACUCAUUUACAAUUUGCUGACGAUACAAUCUUAUUUAGUGAAGCGAGUGAAGCUAAUGCAUGGGCAAUGAAAUGUGUGAUGAAGAGUUUCGAGAUGAUUUCUGGGUUAAAGGUUAAUUAUGAUAAAAGUUGGUUGUGUGGGCUGAAUGUAGACAGUGAAAGAUUGGAAGACAUGGCAACCAUAAUGAACUGUUCAGUUAGCAAUAUCCCCUUCAAGUAUUUAGGGGUUCCAGUGGGAGCAAACACAAACAGAAUUUCUACUUGGGCUCCAGUAAUUGAGUGUGUGAAAAGGAGGCUGAAUAGAUGGAGUGGGGUUUCAUUAUCAUUUGGGGGGAGAAUUGUUCUUCUCAAGGCUGUGUUAUCCUGCCUACCCGUAUAUUUCUUCUCUGUGUAUAAGGCUCCAAAACAGGUAACAAACCUUCUCACCAAACUACAAUGUAAUUUUCUUUGGGGUAGGGGAGAGGGUGGUAGGAAUAUAGCGUGGAUUAAGUGGGAUGUGAUAUGCAAAUAUAGAGAGGCGGGUGGGUUAGGCGUUAGAAAUGUUGAAAGCUUUAAUAAGGCCCUCCUUGGAAAAUGGAAGUGGAGAGUGUUAAGGGAAAAGGAGGAAUUGGAAGAUACCAUUCGACUGGUGAGCAUCAACCGAGGAACAGAAGAUGUAUGGAUAUGGAAAUGGGACAACAGUGGACAAUACACCGUGAGGUCAGCAUAUCGACAAUUGUUACCUGCUCAACAAGUUCAAUCUCUACAAGCACCUUUUAUCCAAGUGUGGAACCCUCAUGUUCCAUUGAAGGUUUCAGCUUUGGCAUGGAGAGCACUUCAUGACAGACUCCCAACAAAGAGUAAUCUGGCUAGGAGGGGUGUGAUUACAGAUGGUGGAGGAAUUCAAUGUAGUAACUGUUCAGAAAAGGAGGAAACGAUCAACCACUUGAUGUUUGAAUGCCCUUUAUCAUGGAAAGUGUGGACGUCCUGUUAUUCUUGGUGGGGCAUUUCGACUGCCAUAAAUGUGGACACUACUGCACAUUUUAAGCAACAUACAGGACUAAUUGACAGCAAAAAUAUUAAUCAAGCAUGGGCGGUGAUCUGGUUUGCUGCACUUUGGUCUAUAUGGUUGCAAAGGAAUCAAGUAAUUUUCAGCAGUAAUCAUGACAGCCUGGAGGAAAUGCUAGAGCUGAUAAAAUACAGAUCAUUUUAUUGGAUAAGGGCAAUGCUACAACCUGAACUGUCAUUGGAUCUCUGGAAAUCCAAUCCGAGACUUGCUCUAAGAAUGAGGUAAUUUUUCCAACUUUGAACUGGAAUGGUAAAUUGGAAGGAUGACAAUUUAAUGUUGAGAUAUUCAAUGUAAGUGGUGCUGUGAAUGUAUAUGGGUUUGGGUACUCCUUGUACCAUAAUAAUAAAAUUUUUGGCUUAUA